AUGGAGAUGAAUUCUUCCAUAAACGAAGAGGUCUAUGAGGAUGAGUACAAAGACUGGAUGAUUAACAUUAAGGGAGACUUGGAGCCUGGUCCUGAGUGUUGUAUUUAUAGAGUCCCUAAACGUAUUCGUAAAGUCAAUGAAGAAGCCUACACUCCUCAAGUAAUUUCAAUUGGCCCUUUUCACUAUGGUAAAAAAGAAUUAGAAGACAUGGAAAAGCAAAAAGGGAGAUAUGUAAGGGCGUUUUUCAAACGAACAACUUGUAAGAAACAUGAGCAAGUUUUAGCCUUCGUCAGAGACCACGAGCAACAGAUACGAAAUUGUUAUGCAGAAACCUGUAAGCUUCAGAGUCGUGAGUAUGUAAUGAUGAUUCUACAUGAUGCUAUUUUUAUCAUAGAGCUCCUCUUGAGAAAUUUUGAGGAAGAUGAAAGUGACUUUCUGUUAGUUAUACCAGCAGAAAAAAUUGCUUUAAAGUUGGACUUGCAAUUACUUGAAAAUCAACUUCCAUAUUUUUUACUAGAGGGAUUAUACAAGUUAGUUGUCAGUAGCCCUUCCUUCAUUUAUCUUUGUCUUAAAUUCUUUUGGGAUCAGAUGUUUGAUAGUGUACCUGACCAAAAAGAGUUUAAACAUUUCACUGAUUUGCGGAGAAGGGCUCUAGUGAAAAGCUAUCUAGACCAAGAAUUUGACGAUCAUGAAUAUUCUGAAAUUGAUUUACCUUGUGCGGCGAAGCUACAUGAAUCAGGAGUGAAAUUUAAGACUACGGAUCAGUGCUUACUUGAUAUAAAAUUUGAAGUAGAUGAGUUGAGAAUACCAAAUUUAAAAGUUUACGAUGAGACAGAAACUAUACUUCGGAACAUAAUGGCUUUGGAGCAAUGUCAUUAUGUAGAUAAUACUCCUGUUUGUGAUUAUGUUGGACUACUAGACUCUCUUAUCGAUACUAAAAGCGAUGUGGAUUUGCUUGUUAAGGAGGGAAUUAUUUCCAAUUAUCUGGGCGAGAAAAUGGCAUUAGUAAGUUUGUUUAGCAAACUUUGCUCACAUAUGCCUAUAAAAAGACAUUAUUACAAUAAGAUUCAUGAGGCACUCAAAGCACACUAUGAUGUUCCUUCGAACCGUGCAAAGGCAACCUUGAAAAGUGUGUAUUUCAAAGACCGUUGGAGAGGUACAGCAACUGUUGCGGCUGUUGUAGGCUUGCUACUCACUUUAAUAAGUGCCGUGAAUUCUUUCCGCAAAUAG